AUGUUCUACACCGAACAGGUGCGUCGCAAUCAAAUAGAUGAUGUGCUGAAUAUUUCAACGCCGACCGCUUGUCAAGACGCUGAAACCGUUGCCGCAGCCACCGCCUCAUCCGCCACCGUAAGUAAAGGCAGAGGUGUACACCGCAUAAAGUCAACUGUUCAGCUACGGAAAUUAUCUGUGCCUGCUAAUACUCUCCUUGCAAGAAGAGCAUUUAAUCAGCCAAAUCAUAAUUUAAAGAGAUUUCAAAGUCAAUCCAAUUCUCUUUUAGGACCUUCCUUAUUUUGUAUAUCUGUCUGUACUGGGUCUGUAAUGUUGGCAUCAGUUAUUCAAUAUGAGCGACUUCGUGAUAGUGUUAAACAAAUCAAUGCUUUUGAAUUUUACAAAAAUUCUAUCUACAGAAAAAACGAGAAUGUUAUUUCCAAGUUAAAAAAUAAUUUCAAUAAAUUAGAACCAUCAGAGAAAGUAUUUGGUACCAUACUUCUAUUAAAUGCCAUUGUUUUUCUUGCAUGGCAAGUACCUAGAUGGCAACAUAUCAUGAUUAAAUAUUUUAUGACUGAUGCACUUGCUAGAAAAAUUCCAGUGUCAUCACUUCUUCUGAGUGCGUUCAGUCACAGUUCUCCAAUACACUUUUGUUUCAAUAUGUACGCUCUUCAUACAUUUUGCCGAGGUGUGAUCCAACCAUGGGGUGAUAUGGGACCGGAAGAAUUCAGUGCAAUGUAUAUAAGUGGUUGUGUUGUUUCAUCAUUAGCUAGUAUUAUUUUUAGACGAAGCUUUAAGUUUCAAGGAAAUAGCUUAGGCGCUUCUGGUGCUAUAUUAUCGGUUGUUGGAUACUUUUCAUUAUCGAAUCCUGACCAAAAGUUGGGUAUAAUAUUUUUACCAAAUAUACAAUUUGAUGCAAUUCAUGCUUUAUUUGGUAUAAUAUCGCUAGACAUAAUGGGAUUGAUUAUGAAGUGGCAAAUGUUCGACCAUGCAGCUCACUUAGGAGGAACAUUAUUUGGAAUGUAA